CGCUUUAUAUGGAUAUUCGAUUACGUAGCAUACUAUCCAACUUAAGUAUAAUGACUUCUGAUAAUCAAUCAGCUGUCCAAUCGAAAGCUUUUAUAUAAAAAAUACAAUCGUUACGAAGCUCUCGAUUGGAGAAUUCGGUCCUCUUUAUUAUGUAUCAGAAGACACUAUAUUUAAAUUAGAGUACAGGUUGACUUGACAAGAAAGCGAAAGCGUGCGAAGUGGUUGUUGUGGUGUGGUGGAAAUACAAGUUACUGUCACUCAAUUGACAUCAGCAUGUCAGUAAUAUUAGGAAAACCCAAUAAAAAUGGAAGUGACAAUUGUUUUAUUGAAAUGGAAAGAAAAGAAAUCGUCAAUCUCAAUUUAGUGGUGAAAGCUCUAAUACAGGACAUCCAAACCUGUGCGGGUCCCCGAGAAGUGUUAAAUGAAAUGAAUAGUGAAGGUCGGGGUAAAAUAGCAGCUCUACGUAAACAUAUUGAUCGACUUGAAAUACUUGCAAAAGAACAAGACACAGAAAAUACAAAAUCGCAAUUAUUAGCAGAGGUUGAAAACUAUAGACAGCAGUUAACAAGCACUCUCAGUGCCUUUAGGAAAGCAAAUGUGGCAUGUAUUUUAAACAUUGAGAAGUCCAACAAACAAGAACUCUUCGACAUUAUUAUGGAUGAAGCAAAUUUACGUCACAGGCAAAGAAAAGAUAAGGAAGGAUUGGUCAAGAUGUCUAGUGAUGUUACAGAACAGUUACGCUCCAUUAGUAGACAUCUCUCAGAAACAACACAGAGAAGUGCAGAUACUUUAGGAACGUUAGUCACUUCAUCCAAUGCUGUUGACAGUGCCCAAGAAGAAAUGAAUACAAUGGGUAGUGUUAUAUCUCAGUCAGGUCCUCAGAUCUACUUCCAGUGA